UUCUAGGGUUUUUCGUUACUCCACAGACUCUCUGCCCGGCUGCCCAAACCAGAAGAAGCUAGGGCUUCAAUUCCGCCGUUGCAGAGAGCUCCACUCAUUGAAACGAAGAUGACGACUAUCGUUCCUACCUCGGAGGAAGAUCCCACUCUCUUCGUUGUUCGCUUCGCUUCCGAGCUCGCUUGGGCGGAUGCAGGCCCUGAGGUUGCGGAGCCCCAGGUUACGAGGCUUUGUAUGGAGGCUCAAGAAAGCAUAGUGAUGGGAAAGUGGUUGGAUUUGGCCUCGUUAAUGCUCACUUCAGCUGACUUGGUGUUUUCUAAGGUCUCAGAUAAAGAACUUGAGUGUAUCUUCACUAUCAUCUGCAAUCUUGUCACAAAGCUGGAAAAUCCAGAGGACACACUUGAGAUGACAAAACUUAUAUCUGCAAAAAUUACACAACAACCAAAUGACAAGCCUGCUUUGCGUCUAAAGAUCUUGUUUAAUCUCUAUAAUGUACUGGAGAACUCUGACAGCCGGUUCUUUGUGUACAUGCAAGCCCUAAAUUUUGCAUUGAAUGGAAAAGUUACCGAACACGUUAUACCUUCUUUCAAAAAGAUUGAUAGUUUCUUGAAAGAGUGGAAUAUUGGGGUCAAGGAUCAGAGGAACCUCUUUCUAACCAUAGCUAAUGUACUCAAAGAAAAUAAAAGCUCUGGGAAAGAUUCUUUCAAAUUCUUGACCAAAUAUUUGGCAACUUUCUCGGGUGAGGACUCACACGCCAUGAGUGAAGCUAAGGAGGAAGCAGUGCAAGCAGUGAUAGAAUUUGUUAAGGCACCAGACACAUUUCAGUGUGAUUUAUUAGAUAUGCCUGCUGUUGGGCAAUUGGAGAAGGAUGCCAAAUAUGCUUUAGUCUAUCAGCUUCUGAAGAUCUUUCUGACUCAGAGACUGGAUGCUUACUUGGAAUUCCAGGCUGCAAAUUCUACCUUAAUGAAAGGCUAUGGUCUUGUCCAUGAAGAUUGCAUAACAAAGAUGAGAUUGAUGUCCUUGGUUGAUCUUGGCUCUCAUGAAUCUGGUCAAAUUCCGUAUGCUCUCAUAAAGGAUACUCUUCGGAUUAAUGAUGAUGAGGUGGAAUUGUGGGUUGUUAAAGCAAUAACUGCUAAGUUAAUUGAUUGCAAAAUGGAUCAAAUGAAUCAGGUUGUGAUUGUGAGCCGCUGUACUGAACGCAUCUUUGGACAAAGUCAGUGGCAAUCUCUUCGAGCAAAGUUAGCAACAUGGAAGAGUAAUGUUGCCAAUGUCAUCAGCACCAUCCAAGCUAACAAGAUAACUGAAGAUGGCUCGCAGGCAAUGCAAGGGUUGAUGAUUCGUUAAACAGUUAUUUUUGUAGCUACAUCUUUCUCACCCAUUUUUGUACGAGUUCUGUUUUAUUUGGAGAUAAGUCAGAUUAUGAUGUGGAGCAGAUUUGUGGCACUUGCCAUUUCCGUUUCAUUUAUUUUAUUCUGAAUCCAAACCAAGUGAAUCGGAAGUUAAAACCAUAAAUGUUUUGAUAGCAUGUAGCCAUGUGCUAAACAAUUCUCUUAAUUUAAGCCCCAAAUUCCUUUGUGGUCUGUGGUGUAGCAUGCAACCUUCCUCAUUGUCAAUUCUUACGUUUUACUGGUUAACAGGAAUCAUUUGGGGCAGGAGCCAUAGCAAAAUUACGAGGGAAGGCUGCUUCACCUGUUCUCUUGAAAUGUUAUGAGAUAAGCGGAAGCGGAGGGGAGGGACUCAUUUGGAAAAAAUAAGCGGACUCCCC